AUGGUUAACACUGAGGCAGCUAGAAUCGCUGUCGGCAUCAUUGGGAAUAUCAUCUCUAUUGGCUUAUUUGCCUCCCCAAUCCCAACAUUCAUUAAAAUAACGAAGGCAAAAUCAGUGGAAGAUUUCAAGCCAGACCCUUAUGUAGCAACUGUAAUCAAUUGUGCAAUGUGGUGUUUCUACGGUUUUCCCUUUGUCCAUCCGGACAGCUUUCUUGUCUUCACAAUCAAUGGCUGUGGAUUAAUAAUCGAGAUCGUCUACGUUACCAUCUUCUUCCUAUACUCUCCCUGGUCAAAGCGUCGGAAGAUCCUCAUUGCUCUUGUGAUUGAAAUCAUCUUCUUUGCCUGCGUAGUUUUCGUUACCCUACAUUUUUUCCAUACCACCAAACAUAGAUCCACGAUUGUCGGGAUAGUGUGUAUUGUCCUCAAUGUAUUGAUGUAUGCUUCACCCUUGACCGUCAUGCGCAUGGUGAUUAGAACAAGGAGUGUGAGGUACAUGCCAUUCACUCUAUCAGUAGCCAACUUCUGCAAUGCUGUCGUUUGGAUGAUUUAUGCCCUCCUCAAAUUUGAUCUCUUCAUCUUGAUUCCCAAUGGUUUGGGAACUUUUUUUGGUUUGGUGCAGCUCAUACUGUAUGCCAGCUACUACAGGUCGACCCAAUGGGACAGAAGAGCUCGGGAGGCAGAACUCUUUUAUGCAUAA